AGGAAGCUGGUGCAGGGUCCGUACCGCCCCGGCGGGGCUCCGAUGGGGGCUUUUACUACCGGAAGCACCUUGUACACACACGCACACACACACUCCUCCGACCCUGGUUUUCCCUCGGUGACCGCUCGGGGUCCGGGCAGCUCCGCCCCCGGGGAAGCCGCACCCUCAGCGGCAGGAAAUAAAUCUCCGCCCCUGGCACUGUGCUGCGCAAUUCCAGCCGCUUUCUCUAGCUGGUGGAUUCCACGAACUCUUAAGCUUCAGGAUGGUUCAUGCUAAGACCUGGAUCCUGAAGAAGCACUUUGAAGGCAGCCCUACUAAUAGUAACUUUGAGUUGAAGACAGUUGAACUCCCACCCUUAAAAAAUGGAGAGGUCUUGCUGGAAGCUUUGUUCCUCACCGUGGAUCCUUACAUGAGAAUAGCGGCGACAAAAUUGAAGGAGGGUGAUGUGAUGAUGGGGCAACAAGUGGCCAGAGUUGUGGAAAGUCAAAACUCAGCCUUUCCAACAGGAACUAUUGUACUGGCCCAUUCAGGCUGGACAAUGCAUUCCAUUUCUGAUGGAAAAGCACUGGAAAAGCUGCCUACAGGUUGGCCAGACACGUUACCACUGUCUUUGGCUCUGGGAACAGUUGGCAUGCCAGGCCUAACAGCCUACUUUGGCCUACUUGAAAUCUGUGGUGUGAAGGGUGGAGAAACAGUGAUGGUUAAUGCAGCAGCGGGAGCAGUGGGCUCUGUUGUGGGACAGAUAGCUAAGCUGAAGGGCUGCAAAGUUGUUGGAGCAGCAGGGUCUGACGAAAAGGUUGCCUACCUUAAAAAGAUUGGAUUUGAUGUUGCCUUUAACUACAAGAAAGUCGAGUCUUUGGAAGAAACUUUGAAAAAAGCCUCUCCUGAUGGAUAUGAUUGUUAUUUUGAUAACGUAGGUGGAGUGUUUUCAAACACUGUUAUCUGCCAGAUGAAGAAAUUCGGAAGAAUUGCCAUAUGUGGGGCCAUCUCUACAUAUAACCGUACUGGCGAACUUCCCCCAGGCCCACCCCCAGAGAAUAUGAUCUAUCAGCAACUCCGCAUGGAAGGGUUCAUCGUCACCACCUGGCAAGGAGAAGUCCGCGAGAAGGCUCUGAAAGACUUGCUGAAAUGGGUCUUGGAGGGUAAAAUCCAGUACCAUGAACACAUCACUGAAGGAUUUGAAAACAUGCCAGCUGCAUUUAUGGGAAUGCUGAAAGGGGAAAAUUUGGGGAAAGCAAUAGUGAAGGCAUAAAAAAGUGGCAUAUCAGGGGCCAGCCCUGUGGCUGAGUGGUUAAGUUCGGGUGCUCUGCUUUGGCGGCCCAGGGUUUCGCUGGUUCGGAUCCUGGGCGUGGAACUAGGACCACUCAUCAAGCCAUGCUGAGGUGGCACCCCACAAAGAACUAGAAGGACCUACAACUAAGAUAUAUACCUAUGUACUGGGGGGCUUUGGGGAGAAGGAAAAAAAAAGAUUGGCAACAGAUGUUUGCUCAGGGCCAAUCUUAAAAAAAAAGGCACAUGGAAUCUGGAGAUUAUUUGGAUGAUUAAUUUCUUUUUAACCAUUUUCUAAAAACAUAUACUGAUAGGGGAAAGGGGGUUGGGGGGAGGGCACUAGGGGUGAAGUGGUGUACCUAUAACAUGACUAAUAAUGAUGUACAACUGUAAUUUCACAAGGUUGUUAACUUUCAUAACCUUAAUAAAAAAAUGUAUACUGCCUUCAGUAUGUAAGAAAUAGUAAUUGUAAUGAGUUUGAUCAACCUAAUAAAAUACAUUUAAGUGGUA